AUGAAUAGUUACUGGAAGGACAACGCUUACAGCACGCUCGCUACGAGUCUAGACGGGCAGCGAACGCAUUCGCCCCGAGACUCACCACUGGUAACCACCAGGGCGCCAAUGGAGGCAGGCCAAGAACACGAGGACGACUUGGCUCAAAUAGCGAUCGUGUCUUCACCAGGCUUACCGAAAAUGAUGGGCUCCUUGCACCCAGCAGGUUCCCUGUAUGAAAAACCAGUUAACUUGCGGCUGGCUGUCGAACAGCACCACGCGUUGCGAAGACUGCUCUCAUCGCAUGGUAUCAAGGUCUACGACGUGCACGAUAUUCUGCUCAAGGACACGGAGCGCUCUGUCUCUGCUCGCGUUGCUCUGGAAAAGCUUGCUGCGCGCUGCCUCACGUACCAGUUUAGUACUGACGUUGAUCGCGCACGCCUCGACGACUCGGAACGCAGCUUCAUCGCCGACUCGUACAAGGAGAAGGUUCUGGAGGUCAUGGCACCUGAACAGCUUGCCGAUAUUGUCAAGACCAAUCCGGUAGUCACCAUAGAGCCGAGCGGGCGCGAUACCGGCUUCACCGCAAGUUAUGCUUUCAAGCCGCUCACCAACUUGAUGUUUACGCGCGACCAGCAGGUGACCACACGUCGCGGUAUUGUCAUGGCUCGACUCCGUUCCGAACAACGCCGCCGGGAAGUCGAUGUCAUGCAGUUCUGUUUUGAAAAACUGAAACUCAAAAUCAUCGGCCGCAUACCGGAAAAUGCGUUUCUAGAAGGUGGAGAUUUCUUUCCCGCAGGGGAUGAUCUGUGUUUCAUUGGGAUCGGUCUUCGAAGCAACCUGGAGGCCGUGCACUACAUGCUGGAACAUGACCUUUUCGGAACGCGUCGCGUCGCUGUGGUGAAGGAUAUGCUCGAUCAGAGCCAAGAUCGCAUGCAUCUGGAUUGUGUGUUCAAUAUCAUAGGAAGGAAGACCGUCCUUAUGUUGGCCGACAUCAUCGGGUCGCAGUCACCGAUCCGGCGAAUGGUGGAUGAGUACGCUCGUGAAUCCGAACAGGAUGCGUAUCGCCUCGUACGCAGGGAUGUGGAAUUCGGAGCAUACGUGGAGGAUCAAGGAUUUGAAAUUAUUCCGCUGAGUUUGGCGGAUCAGAUGGCCUACGGCUGCAAUGUGCUGAACCUUGGCGCCAGUCACAUUGUCUCGGUAUGUUCAAGUGCAGCACGCAAAAUCGUUGCGGAUGAUCGCUUUACAGGCAAUGUAGAGUACCUGGAUUUUUCGCAGUGCACGGCGAUGUACGGUGCAGCACACUGCGCAACGCAGAUUGUUUAUCGCAGUCGAGUACCACCGAUCUCCUUGGAUCACGAACACUGA